AUGAGCUACGAAUACAAGAAGCGGCUAACAGACGCUGAAAUACUAGCAGAACUGAGAAAAAUAGAAGAUGAAACUUCAGGUGAAGAAUUUGAGUUUUCCGAUAGCGAUCAGGGCAAUGAAGAAAGUGUAGUAGUUCCAGUGUGUGCAGAUGAAGAAUGUGAUUCGUGCAACAAAUGUGAUGAUGUAAACACAGCCCAGGACAGUUUUCCACUAAAUUUAGGGGAAAAUGAAGCUUCUACAUCCAGCAUGCCUUCUGAUGUUCCAAAUUCUAGCUGUCUAAGAUUAACAACCCGGACAACAUUUGCUUCCCCCGGAAGUCAGUCAAAAACUGAUACUGGGCAACCUAAUGGAGAAAAAGAAACAGCAAAAGAUGGGACUGUGUGGAAAAUUGUACCAGUGGGUUCUAAUGCAGGUUGUCUACAAAGUCAUAGCAUUUUGCGGGAGAAGUCAGGACCAACAUCAUAUGCUAAAAGGAAAAUUCAAAGUGGGAAACUUCUUAGUGCUUGGCGGUUAAUUUUCAGUGCUUCCAUGAUGCGCCACAUCAAGCACUGUACUGAAGCUGAGGCUCGUCAUCGAACACAAGACGAUUCCUGGACAGUAGACACUGAAGAACUGGAUGCUUUUGUCGCCAUAAUGUAG